UUGUCAUGUGAUUGCGGAAGGAGGCGGGGCUUGAAAAGUCGGACGUUGUGUCGCUGUCGGCUGUUUGUUUUGUACCAGAUCGAGAUUUAAAUCACUUUAAAGAUGUCAUCCGAGGAGUUUGAGAAGAUGCACGAAGCCUUUGGUAGUGUUUUCGAGGAACUGAGGUGUCAAUGUGAGCGCCUGCCUAGAUAUUCAGGAGAACAGAAGAGAAGAUUUCUGCGUGAAAUUGAUGAAAAAGUUGAUGAAGCAAAUGAAGUUUUGGGUGAAAUGGAAAAGGAAUUAAGGAAAGCACCACUCUCAUUCCGUAAUCAGAUGAAUACAGAAAUUCGUUCAUACAGAAAAGAUGUGAGCAAGCUGCAGCAGGAUGUUAGAAGCAAUGGAUAUGGAUUACGUACUGAUGUUAAGUACACAGAGUACAGUGCUGCAAAUGAACAAAGCAAUUACUCAUCAGCUCAGCGUGCUUUGCUUUUACAAGGUACAGACAGUCUGAACAGAGCAACUCAGAGUAUAGAUCGUUCUCAUAGAAUAGCAGCAGAGACUGAUCAGAUAGGCUCAGAUAUAAUUGAGGAACUUGGAGGGCAACGAGAGCAACUGGAACGGUCUAAAGACAGGCUAAUAAACACAGGUGAGAAUUUGAGUCGGAGUCGGAAAAUACUGCGUUCCAUGUCCAGAAGGGUUAUGACAAACAAGUUGCUACUGGGCAUUAUCAUCCUUCUGGAAGUGGUAAUUCUAGCAGCAGUCAUAUAUUUCAAGUUCUUCCACAAACAUUAACCCAAAGACAUUUGUGCAGUUUUAAUACAUUGAACUCCUACUUUAGUGCUUCCCCUAAAGCUCUCAAAUUUCCAGCUGUACAAGACAGUGUCGACAGAUAAGACUGAGGAUGUAUUGAAGUUUUUUUUAUUACUGAAUCAUUUCCAUUCAUCACAUGCUCACCCUCAUUGAUGACAUCCCUUGUGGUUUGAUGUGUCUUCAGAUGACAACGUAUCUUUGAGCACGAUGAAGAAACUUAACAAAUUAAGUUGCAUUUGAUCAGUCUCUUUAAACUUUGUUGCCAAGAACUACAUUGUAGUAAUGUGCACAAACUUUUAAUAAAGUCAUUUGAUAUUUAACAAA